AUCGUUGGGUCCUUGACUAAUGGAGAAGAAGAGGAGGAAGAAGAAGGAGAGGAAAAUGGAGAAGGCCAUAAUGGAGGGAAUGAAAAUGGAGGAGGAGAUCAUGAAGAGGAGGAAGGAGGAGAGUGACAAGAACAAGGAGCAGGAAAUACGGAGGAAAAAGAGGAAGGGAAGGAAGAUGAGGAAAAUGGUGAUGGAGUACAAGAGAGAGAAGGAGGUGAGACUGAGGAAGGAAAACAAGAGACCAAAGGACAGCACACACUGCAAGGAGAGGAAGGAGAUAAUGACAGAGAAAAGUCCUCCACUGGUUUGGCGAAAGCAAUAACGUACUCUGGAAUAACUUAUUAUGAACAAGAUGGAGUAGAGGAUCUAUUGACGUUUACUGCAGCAAA